UUGGUGGAAAAAGUCCAGAAGGGAAAUAAUUACAAAUUGGAAGGAAAGGAUCUCUUUUUGCUAUCUUUCUCAUUCCCCUGCAGCUGUAGCUAUUUCCUCGCUCCAUUCUUUGAAAUGUAUGGGUGUUUUUUGUUUUUUAAAACACCCUCUUUGUCCUAAAAAGAGCCUUUAGAAGCAGCGAGAGUGCUUCCACUCACUUAUUUCCACGUCGCCAGAAUGUCGUGGGGGUCAUACUUUAUGAAGCAAAUAAUGCAAUCCUAGAGACGUCUGCUCAGAUGUAAACUCCCAUUGAAUCCAGUGGACCUUAUUUCCAGUCGAUCGCCCUGACGCCGGAGCAGAUCACCGAGUACAAGGGCAUCUUUGAGAUGUUCGACGAAGAGGGGAACGGCUUGGUGAAAACGGAUGAGCUGGAGAGGCUCAUGAGCCUGAUUGGCAUCAACCCCACCAAGAGAGAGCUGGCAACGAUGGCAAAGGAUGUGGACAAAGACAACAAAGGCACCUUCAACUGUGAUGGGUUCCUGGUUUUGAUGGGGAUGUACCACGAAAAGUCAAAAAACCAGGAUGAAGAGCUAAGAGCAGCUUUCAAGGUCUUUGAUCAGGAGCACAAAGGCUACAUUGACUGGAACACCUUGAAGUACGUGCUGACGAACGCUGGGGAGCCGCUGAACGAACAGGAAGCAGAACUCAUGAUGAAAGAAGCUGACAAAGACGGGGAUGGGACCAUUGACUACGAAGAGUUUGUGGCGAUGAUGACUGGCGAAUCAUUUAAAUUGACCCAAUAAGGCCCACUGGAAGAAAUUAAUUCUUGAUGUCUGAGUCCCGUCCCCCCCCUCUCUCUCCACCCAAGCGACUUUCCUGCUUGCAAUGUAAAUAGACAAAAGGGGCAAGUCUCACAAUGUCUGUAGGUAAAAUAAAAAAUAUUGGUGUACAGAUCUCUACAUCCCUACAGCAAGAUGUUUGCAAGCAAAGAGGGGUGAGGGAAAUCCAGUCCCAGUGUGUAUCUACAUGACAGAGUUAAAACAGGUGUAAAAGUGUAAUUCGGUCGUUCUGCAAAAAGAGCCAGGCUAAGCCACUUUACCAGAGGAUUCUUCUUCAGCUACAAUUCCCAGAAUUCUUUAGAGAAGACCCCAGAACUCCAACAGGCAUCUACCCCAUACAAAGUUAGCAUAGCUUUAAGGCUGUGUACUCACAAUACUUUUAAAGCACAUUAUUUCCCCCAAAGAAUCCAGUGAGCUGCAGUUAACCGUGCUGGGACUUGUAGCUAUGUGAGGGGUAAACUACAGCUCUCAGGAAUCUUCAUGGGAAAUAAUGUGCUUUCAAUGUGCUAGAAAUACAUGGUGUGCGCCCAGCUCAAGUUAAAUC